AGGCAAGUGCUGGUUGGAGCGCGUGAGCGGUGGGGGGCUGGAGUGCAAGGCUGGAAAGCAGGCGAGCUGCGCGCGACGCUCAGCUGGCGCUAGCGGUCUCUCCUCAGGAUAAGAGAAUGGACUAUGAGGAGGGAAGCUAUGUAUCCUCAGCAGGAUCUGGCGUGUUGGACUUCACCUGUUAUGAGGACUUAAUGGGUAAAACCUCACCCAUGGAGUUGUCAGUCAUACCUAAUGCUGAUGAACAGCAGCAGGAGGUGGGGAUAUAUCAACCUUUGAAAGUCUACUUGAGAGUCAGACCCUUCUCUAAAGCAGAACUUGAAAGCAAUGAAUCUCAGGACUGUGUAAUUAUUGAAAAUCCAGAAACAGUAACUCUACAGGCACCCAAAGAGUCCUUUACGAUGAAAAACAGUGAAAAGGGGAUUGGACAGUCUGUACACCAGUUCACCUUCACUAAGGUCUUUGGUCCAGAAACUACUCAAAGUGACUUUUUUGAAGGCACAAUGAAAGAGAUAAUAAAAGCUUACAUUGAUGGAGCAAAUGGACUAGUGUUUACCUAUGGGGUUACUAAUGCAGGCAAAACAUACACUAUUCAAGGUUCUCCAAAAGAUGGUGGUAUUUUGCCUCGUUCUCUUGAUAUGAUCUUUCACCACAUAAGAGGAAGACAAUAUCUGAAAAUGAACUUGAAACCAUACUUAAGCAAUGAUGUAAAGAAGCUAGAUGUGACCCAGGUUAAACAAGAGGGAACUAUAAAAGCUGCUGUUCUUGCUUCUCUGAAAGAGGACAUAGAAGAUACUUCGAAAUCUAUAAUUCAGAGUGCUUCAUUAUGUACCUUGGAAUCUGUGUCUUCUAGCAGCUGUACUUCAACAAGUCUGCCUUCUGACCCGCUAGUGGAGGACUCUGUUUUACUUGACACUGGUGGGACUAAGCAUCAGAGAACGCAGUCUUCAGUGUGGGUUUCCUUCUGUGAAAUUUAUAAUGAGUAUGUGUAUGACCUUAUGGAUGUAUUGGCUAUAUCAAAAAAUCAAAAACGCAAAGUUCUAAGAAUCUGUGAGGAUCAAGGAGGAAACUCUUAUAUAAAAGACUUAAAGUGGAUCAAUGUUCAGAGUACGGAAGAGGCUUGCAAAAUACUAAAAAUAGGAAACAAGAACCGAAGCUUGGCUUGCACUAGGAUGAACCAGCACUCAAGUAGAAGUCACAGCAUAUUUUCUAUCAGACUACUAAGACUAAGUGAUGAGGCUGAGCCUCGUAUUCUUGGAGUUUCAGAAUUGUCUCUCUGUGACUUGGCUGGGUCUGAACGGUGCAAUAAGACACAAGCUUUUGGAGACAGACUAAAAGAAGCAGGGAAUAUUAAUAAUUCUCUUUUUAUUCUUGGGAAAUGCAUUGCAGCACUGAAGCAGAAUCAGAAUCCUACUGUGAAACACAGCUAUAUUCCAUUCAGAGAGAGUAAACUCACUCGUCUGUUUCAACCAUUCUUCUGUGGUAAAGGCAAAGCUUGUAUGAUUGUCAACAUUAAUCAGUGUGCCUCCACUCACAGUGAGACAUUACACUUAAUGAAAUUUUCUGCUACAGCCAAACAGGUUAUUCAGACAAUCCACCCCCAAACCUUUGGAUAUUUUGCCCCAAAACUGGUUGGGAAGGAUGGCAAGCCUAUAGUACAUUUUGAUGCCAACAUAUCUGCUGAAGAAUUUCCCGAUGAAGAUAUUGAUACCUCCUCUGAAGAGGAAGUGGACAUCACCAUCAUGACCCAUGAGGAGCUCUUGAAAACUACUGAGAACCUGAAGGAGACGCUAGUUGCAGAAAGGCAGAGUAAACUACUUCUUGAGGUGCAGAUACGUAAAGAGAUGGCAGAAGCCAUGUUCCAACAACUGUUGGAAACGGAGGAAACCUGGAGUAAACGCUUGGAAGAUGUGAGAGAAAGUUAUGAGGAAAAGUUGGAGAAUACAUUUGAAAUGUAUAAGGAAGCUAUAAAGAAACAUGCAUAUUUGUGUGCAAUGGAACAAGUUGAAGACCACUAUGUUCCAAUAGAAGAGUUUGUAGCUGAACAAGAGAAAGUUGAGGACAGAGAUAGGAAAAUAUUAGAGUUGCGACAAAAAUUUGUAGAGCGGUCAGAUGGAUUGUUGGCUUUGGGAAUCCCAAAUUCAGAUAUGUUGACUGCAGAGGACAAAGUGAAAUCAGAUCUUAAAUAUAAGGAGUUGCAGAGCACUACAGAUGUAUUGCAGAGACAGUGCAAUGAGAAAGAUGAGCUUAUAAAAUCUCUAAAGUUUAAAAUACAAAAAUUAAAUGAAACCUUACAAGAAGCGAAUGAAGUCUGCAGAAAAGCAACUGAGGAAAACAAUCGACUGACACACGUGGUGAUGCUCAAGGAACAAGAGAUGAGAGGUCUUCAGAACUGGGCUAAACGUGUCCUUGAGCUUGAAGCUACAGUGUCUCUUCUGCAAGAAGAACUAGAUGAGAGGAAAAAGCACUUGUAUUCAGAAGAGCUUAAGGAGCAAAAACCCAAGAGAGGCUUGUUUGCUAAUCUAAAGUCUACAGUAGCAGUCACUUCUAAAACACCUGUUGGCAAAACCUUGGGGAAAUCUGAAGACUCUCCAACCAUGUCAAGAAAACAAGCUAUUUUUGCACGUAAAGUAAAAGAAUAACUCUAAUCCUUGCUAACAUCAGUUCAAAAUUACAGCUGAUGGGCCUUGUCAAUACAGACAUGUUAAUGCAGCAACAGUUGGAAUUUGUGUGGAGGAAAAAAGGCUAGUAUAGAUACAGCCUUACCAUCAAUGUAACUGGGAGGAUAAGCUAUUAAUAGGAAUGACAACUUUCCUUCUGUCAGUGUCUUCUUUAACUAAAGAAGACAUGUAAAUGUAAACCUAAAUUGGGAUUCUUGUGUAACUGUUGGUGUGGAGAUCUGCUGUGGAAAUACAGCAGGUAUGGAUUUCCACAUUGCAGG